CACUCUCACCCACUCACUCUACUAGCUCUCUCCGACAACCUCUGAAACAGAGCCAAACCUCUUUUUCUCUCUCUCGUGCUCAGUUUCUCCGAGAACCAGAGAAUGGAGCGACGACUAACUCUGUCCUUCUUCCUCUUGCUCCUUUCCGUCUCCACAUUUGCAGAUGCGGGUUCCAUUGGAGUGAACUACGGUCGAAUAGCUAACAAUCUUCCCUCCGCAACAAAGGUGGUGGAGCUUCUGAAAUCACACGGUCUAGACCGGGUCAAGUUAUUCGACACCGACCCGGCGGUUCUCAAAGCCUUAUCCGGAUCCGGCAUCAAAGUCACCGUGGACCUUCCCAACGAUCUCCUCUUCGCUGCAGCCAGAAGCAAGUCCUUCGCCUCCACAUGGGUCCAGAAAAACGUCGCCGCUUACCACCCCUCCACCCAGAUCGAAGCCAUUGCUGUGGGUAACGAGGUCUUUGUCGACACGCACAACACGACCCGGUACCUCAUACCCGCCAUGAAAAACAUCCACGACGCUCUUUUCAAGUACAACUUCCACAAUGCCAUCAAAGUCUCUUCUCCUAUAGCCCUCAGCGCCCUCCAAAACUCUUACCCGUCUUCCGCCGGGUCCUUCCGACCCGAACUCGUUGAAACCAUUUUCAGACCCAUGUUGGAUUUUCUUCGCCAAACCGGAUCGUUCCUCAUGGUCAACGCAUAUCCCUUCUUUGCCUACGAGUCAAACUCUGACGUCAUCUCGUUAGACUACGCACUGUUCCGGGAAAACCCGGGCGUGGUGGACGCCGGUAACGGGCUACGGUACUUCAGCCUCUUCGACGCUCAAAUCGACGCGGUUUUUGCCGCCUUGUCGGCUCUCAAAUACGACGACAUAAAAUUGGUCGUCUCGGAAACGGGUUGGCCUUCCAAGGGGGACGAGAACGAGAUCGGCGCGUCGAUAGAUAACGCAGCGGCGUACAACGGAAACUUGGUCCGUAGGAUCUUGACCGGCGGUGGGACUCCCCUGAGACGCCAAGCAGAUCUGACCGUUUAUCUGUUCGCUCUCUUCAACGAGAACAGUAAAAACGGCCCUACCUCGGAGCGAAACUACGGGCUUUUCUACCCCGACGAACAAAAGGUCUACGACAUACCGUUUACCGUUGAGGGCUUGAAGAAUUACCACGACCAUAGGUCCCCCGUCACCGGUAACCAACACAUGACGACCCCAGUAACCGGUGGAGGGGGCGUGUCGAAGAGUUCCUCGGGGAACACGUGGUGCGUGGCGAACGGGGAUAUGGGAAAGGAAAAGCUUCAAGCGGCUCUAGACUUCGCCUGCGGGGAGGGAGGGGCCGACUGCCGUUCGAUCCAGCCGGGAGCCACGUGUUACGAUCCCAACACGCUCAGCGCCCACGCCUCCUUCGCCUUCAACAGUUAUUAUCAGAAGAACGCGCGUGCGGUCGGUUCUUGUUACUUCGGUGGCGCGGCGUACGUUGUCACGCAACCCCCAAGGUUUGGGAAGUGCGAGUUGCCCACUGGCACUGGAUACUGAAGAGAAAGAAAGGCGUGCAAGGGUGGGUUUGGUUGAUUAAGAUGAGAGAUAAAGAGUAGUUGAGAGGAAUUAUUAUAAGCAAGCUUAUUUAGUGUAGUUGUUUUUAUGGGUUUUAAAUUUUUUGGUGGGUGUCUUAAUUUGUGUGUAUUUAUUGUUGUAGUCGUUGGAGUCCUUAAGACAAUUAACUUGACCUCUUCAUCUGUAAUUAAAUGCUACUUUCCCUUAUUUAUAACUCUCAUUUUCACCUA